GCAGGCUGGAAGAGGAGGAGGAGGAGUUGGAGGAGGAAGCAGCCUGACGCGGACCGUUUGUGGACCGGAGCACCGCGGAUUUCCUCCAGCUGGCAGACAGGGGCAUAAUGAUGGGAAUAACUGUGGAAUGAUAAGGACCGUUAGCCCAGGAUGGGCAGGCGAUGAGAUCAGCUUUAACUUCAUCCGGUGGUGGUCCAGCUUGGAAAUGGAUGAGUUCCAUCCAUUCAUUGAGGCUCUGCUGCCCCAGGUUCGUGCCUUCGCUUACACAUGGUUCAACCUUCAGGCCAGAAAGAGGAAGUACUUCAAAAAACAUGAGAAGAGGAUGACUAAAGAAGAAGAGAGAGCUGUUAAAGAUGAAUUACUUGGAGAAAAAGCAGAGGUGAAACAAAAGUGGGCUAGCCGUCUUUUGGCGAAACUAAGAAAAGACAUCAGACCUGAAUGCAGAGAGGACUUUGUCUUGUCAAUCACUGGAAAGAAGGCUGCGUGUUGUGUCUUGUCAAAUCCUGACCAGAAAGGCAAAAUGAGACGAAUAGACUGUCUUCGACAAGCUGACAAGGUGUGGAGGUUGGACUUGGUGAUGGUUAUCCUCUUUAAAGGAAUCCCUCUAGAAAGCACAGAUGGAGAACGUCUGGUUAAGGGAGGCCAGUGCUCCAAUCCUGUACUCUGUGUCCAACCACGACACAUCUCUGUCUCUGUGAAAGAGCUUGACCUCUACCUUGCUUUCUAUGUGCAGGAGAAAGAGGCAGACCGGAGCAGCAGUCCCAGUCAUACAGGAGUGGGUUCUGAUCAGGAAGACAGUCGGACACCCACUAUAGAUGGCCCAGAGUUCCAGGAAAGUUUUGUGACUUCAGGAGUUUUCAGUGUUCCUGAGUUGGUCCAGGUCUCAAGAACUCCAGUAGUUACAGGAGUGGGACCUGGUUUCUCUAUUGGGGAUCUUCAAGGUCAUCUGGCCUACGACCUCAACCAGUCAAUCAACCAACCAGUCAGUCUGCGACGAUCACUGGCCAGCACGUCCUCCAGCGGGAGUAAACGUCUUAAGUCUGCCUCCAUUGAAGAGGAUGCUGACAGUCCAGGUGCGGAGUAUUACCACUCACCUGCAUCUCCUGCAAGCAACUCCAGGAACUGGAACGAUGACUUGGAAGGAGGUUUGUCUCCCCCAGUGAAGAAGGGAGAGAUCGACAGCCCCUCUCCACAGGAGGGCUCACCAAGAAUGGGAUCCUUCACUCAGCACCACCGUCCGGUUAUAGCCGUGCACAGUGGUCUCGCUCGGUGUCCUCAUCCCUCCUCAUCUAUUCACUUUCCUUCUUCUUCUUACUUCGCCCAUGGAGCAAUCCGCUACCCUCCUCACCUGGCCCAGGACCCCCUGAAGGAUCUAGUCUCAUUGGCCUGUGACCCUGCAAAUCAGUCCUCCAACUCUCUGAAUGGCAGCGCUCAGGUUAAAGUGCCCAGCCAUUACAUCUCCUCUCAGAUUUUAGCGCCCCCUGGACCAGCAUCAUCCCUCUCCAGACCAGCAGUUCCCACAGAGUCAAAAGCUUCUACCUCCUCCUCUGAUGGGGGGCCAAAUUCCCCUACAUCACCCACAUACUCUGCUCCUGGGACGCCCCCGGCCAGUCGAUCUUCCUUUGUGGCAGUCAACCCUCGAGACCCAGGGGGAUUGUACCAAGCCCAGAGGCUUCAAAACAACUGGAUGGAUCAGUUAAAAGUCUUGGUAUCUGGGCAACUAAGUGAACUUUGACAGAAAGCUCAUCAUCCUGACAACGCACUCCUGGAAUAAAGGAAACCGUCCCGUCAAGACAUUAUCAGAGGAAAAAUAUAUUCAGUUUUAUAGAAACACAACACUUGAUCACAUACAUACAUAAAUAUAAAUGAUUAUGUAUUCAUGUAUGUUUAUCGCAGGAGAGGACCACACGGAUGGAAGGUGGAUGCUGCUCAACCAUUUAAAGCCCCCUAAAUGAACUCUGCUUUAUAAUACUACAUAGUUGUCACAAGUGACAGCUUCUGGGAUUUUCACAUUAAGGCUGUGGCUUAGUGCAGAGGUCUGAUUGGUAAACUAAGAAAAGAACUACACAUCAACUCUGCAGUUCCUGAGAAGCUUGCAACCCCUGUUGUCCCAGGAUAUAUGCCAGUCUUUACUCCAAGCUGUCCACUAUAAGUCCUGUUAGAGGCGUAUACAUCCCAUCUUCAACAACCCAAAUCUUUCCCCUCAUCAAAGCAGGUGCUGCUUUUAAUAUAUGCAAGCAAGCCUCCAGUAGUUCCCAGACUGACUAGAAUGUUUCUAUCUAUGUUUGUUUGCACUUUUUAGCCACUUUUGAGAUGAGCUGAAACAGCAUAUUUUGCUCUUUGUUCCCAUCCACCCAAAGACACAAGCUUUGUCCUUUUUGACAAUCAUCAAGCUCAAACUUUUAAGUUGCUUUUCUGAAUGUUUGUUGUGCUUUUGAGCAAAAAACAAGUAAUGAAAUGGGAUUAUUAGUCUUGCCCAUCACAAGCACUUUUAGACAUUGACAGAAAAAUACCUCAAAAAAUCUACUUGUUUGAUGUCUAUUGUUUGUAAAAUCUCUUCUUCAUGGAGACACCAGUUCCUGCUCAUGAAUCAGAAUCUGUUGAGAUACAGCCAUAUUUCUGGACAACAGUAAGGAUUAGUGUGUAGUAACCAAUGCUCAUUAGUGUAACGUCCUACGGAUGCAUAUCUGUGUGUGUUUGUUUGUUCACUUCCCUGCAUUUUCCCCACUUUAUUCUGAGGAGAUGUUAUGUCCAUUUGUUUGUUUUGGAGCAGAAAGCCAACAAUGCACUAAGGUCAUAUUGACUUCCCUUUUUGAGAAAGAUUUGAUAUUGUAGGGUGUGGUCAAGCCAGCCUUUGUGCAGUAAAGUGUUCAUGUUGUUGUGCAGGAGCUCUGCAUACUGGCCUAAAGAGAGAGCAGGACGGUGUUUCUCUGAGUUCUAGAAACAGUGGUAGGCUCUGACAGGUUCUGUAGUGUAUGGGACAACCUUAAUUCUCUGUACACUGCAUCUAGACCUGCUGGAGCAUAGGCUGAGAUCCAGGCCAAGGAUGACAUGGAUGAACAGAAGAAAGAGUCAGCAGUAGUGUGAGGGGACAAGCCAGGACCAGAAUUUAAAGGCAGAUGUUGUUUUGUAUGAUGGUAACUGUGUGGGCUCAGCUGUAAAACUUUGCUUUAACCAUUUAUUUAUUAUUAUUUAAGUCAGGCUGUAUAGAACAGAUCAAAUAUGAUCAGAAUUUAAUUUCAUCCAGAUAAUAAUCCCAGACUGUCUCUAUGUAAAGGAGACUCAAAUCCACUUUCUUUUAACAAAAUUGAACCAAAGCAAUAGUUUCACAUUUCUAAGUACAAUUUGUAUAUGCAACACUCUGACCUUUUAAUACAUGAGUCAUAAUCACACUGGUUCAUUUGUUGCUCUGGAUGCAGAAGCACUAAGCAUAAGUGAACAAAGAAAUGCCUAUUCAGGACAGAUGAUACAUGAGCAGAAAAAAGUGAAUCAGCAUCAGUACAGAAUGCCUGUAGCAACAACAAUCACCAUUUGUGAUUAAAAAGUUUGUAAAAUGAAUGAACGCAAAACCCAACAGUUAUGUAGCCUUUAUAACAAUGUGUCAAUUAGGAAAGAUGUGUCAGUUUAAUGGACUGAUAAGAGACGGCUCAAAUCAAGGAAAGAUGGGUGAAAAAGGCUAGAAGCUGAAGCAUGCUGUCUGUCAGAAAUCUCCAGUUUCUGAUCAAACACAUUGUUCUAGAAAAACUAAAAAGCACAUCAAACUUUACAUCUAAGAGUUUGUUGAAUUAAAUUUUAGCCCACUGACAUUAAACCUCCCUAAUCAUAAAGGCCUCCUUUAACUUCAGGCUUGUUAUUGAAUGUUUUGUUCUUCAUGUGUAUCAAAUAGAAUGUGCUGCAGUUCAUGGUCUGAAGACCAAGCAUCAUGUAACUUGUGUUGUCCAAAAGUACGUAGCACUGAAUUAGAACAUUUGCCAAAGCAGAGAGAUAGUAGCGUCGUCUGCAGUGCACCUUCUAUUCUUGGCCGUUCUAUGCUCUCUGAUGCAACAGUUUUAUUUUCCACAUUUUACCUUAAACAAACUAACUGUUUUGUGGCAAGAGUGUGCUUUAUCUGGUUGUAGCUGUUGUUUAAUAUUUUCAUUUAGCAGAAGAGGUGCAGCUCAUUUUACCCCAUCACUUUUUGUAUGAGCUGCUUAAACUGGGUUUUUUUUUGUCCAAACCUUGCAUGUUUUCAUGCAUGCCAUUUUUUACCUGCUUUGACAGCCUACAUUUAAAAAUAUUUUUAUUUAAUAGGGGUGUCCAACACCUCAAGUAGUUUGUGUCCUGCAUGUUUUAGAUGUUACACCAAUGAAUUAAAUGCAUUGUUCAUUAGUGGGUCUCUGCAGAGUUGGGUUAUACACUGAGGAAGUGAUUCAGCCAUUCAUUAAGCUGUGUUAGAGCAAGGACACGCCUAAAGCAUGCAGGACAACAGUUUUCCAACAGUAGAGUUGGACAUCUAUGUCUUAAAAUACACUCAAUGUCUAUUACAGGGGUGUCCAAAUUGUGGCCCACAGACCAUAUGCAGUUGAUGUGUAUUUAAUACAGAACAUUUUUAGAGAAGCAAAGCCUUUCAAAGCAAAUGCAGACUAUUUAAAUUUUUUAAAUAGAAAAAUUUGAUAAACCACAAAGUAUUCGUCUUUUAUUAACCGUGAUUUUGCUUUCUUUUAAUAGCAGAGUUGGGUGCACCCAUUAAACUUGUCUAAAUACAGCAAGGGUUGUCAAUGAAAGAGUGGCCCAUAUCCAGGUCUUGUAGCUGAGAAAAUAGAAAAGAUUUGGCCCAAACCCAAAAAAUCUAGAAUAUUGUAUCCUUUCCUUCAAUAAGGCAAACAGGAGGAAACCCUUUAAUGUGUGGGAUAUUCAGUGAUUAACAUAUACCUUUUCUAGAAAAGUCAGACUAGUCUGUUAAUUUUAUUUAAAUAUUGAGUGUUUUGUUUAUUGUUGUACAGGUAAAAUAAAAAAAAUAUACAGUUAAAAUAUGAGAAUAUGAUUUUGCGAAGGAGUGAAUUGACCCAGAGCCGAAAUAUUUUGAGUUAGGCUAAACAUUUCAGAUGUCGUGUACCUAUUAAAUAUCAUUUGCACUUUAUGCAUGUUGGCAGCAUUGCACAACCUGAUCCAGAUCUACCCAGAAACGGUUCUUUGCCCUAUAUGCUCUGUUUGCAGUUUUUCUUGAUGUUCUAUGUACAUGGGGAAACUGAGAUAAAAUUGCAGCUGUUAUUUUAAUGUAAAAAAUGGGGAUACAGUAGUUUUGUUAUAUUUCCCAGCUCUUGUCUCAAACUUUAGCAAGCAGCAAUAAAACUGAGUUUUCUGUAGAGCUUUGCUUUUACUAAUAUAAGUGUUUGAAGCAACUGUUUGCAGAUGCAGGACAGAAUCCACCACUUAUCUCUUUGCAUGUCAAUGUCCCCAUAUAAUUAUGUACCUUGUUAGGCCCUACAGUGAGCUUGUUUUGCCUGAGUCCUACAGACUUGUUAAUGUGGUGAAAACCAGGAGUGAAAAGAGAAAAUACUUCUAAUUUAGUCUGACAAAUAUUAUCCCCUCCGCUCUCAUGUUUGGACAUUCUACCAACUUCAUGCUCAGGAGCUGUGAAAGAAAGGCAACUCUACCCACAGAGGUGUCACUUCCUUUUCCUUCAGGGGGUUUCAAGUCAUGAUCAUGUCUACAAGACGUCAUGCUUGCUGUUCAAACUGCUAACAAAUUUCCUGAUUAAAGGUUUAGUUGACCAGCUAGGAGCUGUGUCCCGCAUGGUGCUGCCAUUGUUGCUGUGCAAGCCAGAGGAAUGCAUGACGUUGCCUAAUAAGUACCAACUUCUAUCCCGCUUUUUCCUUCCUCAUCCUUUCUCCUUUGCAUUGCAUUGAGGAGCAACUGGUGGAGGGGCUCUCUGUGUCUUUCUAUUUUUACAACAGCACUGCUCUUUUGCACGAUAGUUCAUAAAACAUAUUGUGUGCCUUGCCUGUAGUUAGAAAGCAGUGAAACUUUAAGUCAAUCUAAUCAUACUUUGUAUAAUGCAGCAGGCAGCACUUACAAAGGUGCAUAUGUGAAUUCUUGUCAUUUUAGGUUGACCAGUUUUCAGUUUCCAUAUUUAGGUUUGGACUGCAAGAGCUGGGAGGAUUUAGUGACCGAAGUGAUUGUAUGAAUGUUUCUGUAUGUUUCACUAAGGUGGGGAGAAGGGUUUGAUUUAAAUGAAAGGCUGUUCCAGAUGCUAUUACCAUAUGAUUCCUGCAGAUUUGAAUUCUGCUUUCUGAGGCUUCAGCGCUGACUGGUCAUAAUUUCUGUCUUCAUAUCCAGUUAGUCAUACUGUGUUAGACCAGGGAACAUGUUUCUCAGUGGUGUGAACUUGUAUUAUUAGAAUUCCAGCCAAGUGACCAAGGCAUGGGAUGAAAGCAUUUCAAUCACUCUAUUGAAUUUUUGUUUUAGGAGCAUAUGGAGUUAACCGAUGUGAAGGAAAUAACUCCCCAGGAUUUCCCCAAUACAUCUGACACUUUAGUGGAGGUUAUUUGAACUCCAGCUAAAACUGGAUCCACAAAUAUAUGUCUAAAACUAGCAUAGAGCGAGCACUGCAAUUUAGAAACGCAAUUUACACCACUGAAACUACUCAUAUAUCUCAGCAAUGAACUGAUAACUGUUAACUAUGCAGUUAUACUUUGUUAUGUAGACCCUCCAUCUGCACUGAUGAAGAUUGUCUCACCAUACAUUACACAGAAACAGUUUGACACCCGCUGUAGGCUGCAAACCUUUGCACCUCUAUGAUGGAACACCAGAAUACUGUCAUGUAACUAAAUAUGAAGAAACGUUGCAAAACAUUUAACACCGUUACAUGUUGAACUCUUUGUUUCAGGUUUUAUUUGAAUUGACGUUAUUACCCUUCCUGUUUGGCUUCAUGGUUGUAAACACAUCAGAAUGUAUAUAACAUUUACAGUAUUGUGAAAUGGAUAGAAUGUUUAAGUGUCUUGUAUUCAUGUAUUUAGGUGUGUGUCUCAGCACACAGUGGGUGACCCAUGAAAUGGGGAGAAUAGUGACAGUGGUAGAGUAUAGCUGUAUAAGAGAUGAGGAGGAAGUGUUACAGAUGUGGUCUUAGAGAAAGAGUUUGGUUCUGAUUAAAUGCUGUCUGAAUAAUUUAUAAAUUAUUCAUGGGGUAUAUUUACCAAAAUAAAGACUGAUUAAAUGUUUGGAUAUACAUAUAGUCAGAGGAAGGGGGUCAGGCAGACUUCUGCUUCAUUUCUGUCAUAAUUACAAAACUGUAAAUGGUUAACUAAUAAUAGCUAAUCCAAAGAUGGAACCUUACGCUAGAAUUAUUAACAAAAUAAGAAUAUUGAUACUAGGCAGAUUGAAAAAUAAGAUACCCUUUUGUUGUAUGACUCAAUAAAUGAAGUAUGUUUUUAACUGAGCUCAAAAUGUGUGUGAAAUAACUUACGCAUGAUAAUCCUGUUGUAAAAAUCAUUGUUUUCAUAAGCAAUCUAACAAGCCAACAGCAACUCAAAAAAAUCUAGUAAAAAUCAUCUCAACAUGCAGUGCCUAUGAGUUUAUUUACAACAUCCGUACACUCAUUUCUAUCUUCUGCUUCUCAGUUCAGUACAAUAUGCAAUCACCCAGUGCAGGUCUGAAGGUGACAAGCCAUAAAACUACCCAAAGAGACUGACUGACACUGAGUGGCUUACUGGUUUUUCCUUUUGCUCUGGAUUAUACCCAGGGACUAAAGUUGCUGGAUUGAAAAACUUCAUAAGAGAAGGCAAGACAAUAAUUUAAAGCAGCUUCUUCAUUUAUGGCUAUUUCUUUUUAUUGACCCAUGUAAAGCCGUACUCUGAAUGACAUACUGCCAUGGAAGCAGCAUUUGUUGAUUAAUUUAGCCUGAAAAAGGUCAGAUUUAAAGUAAGGACAUUACCCUGUUUUAUUGAGAGGACAUAUUUAAAUCUUACAGCUCAGUGUAAUGUCUUACGUCUACAGGAGCCUCCUUUGCUUUCAGCGCCAGCUGGGUCUGAGCACAACAAAGAUUCUGUGUUCUGAUGGAUAUCUGUGGAAUCAGGAAUCACUGUGGUAUACGCUCACAAAAUGUGGAUGCAAGCCACUAACAAACUUGUGCUCAAUAACUUACAUAGCUAUAUAAUCCUUUCUGCAGUUAGUGAAAACAGUUCUUAAUAAAUAGCAAUCAGAGCAAGGCUGAGUAUGUCCUUGUUACACACAUUAGACUGUGAGCCUUACCCACCUCUGAGGGGAUGGGGGGUCAUGUCUCAGUCACUCUGAUUUAAUGCUGUUGCUUACAGAGGCUGCAUGAAUCAUGUUGUUCUUCCAAAACAGACAACACCGAUUUGCUGAUUAGUUCGCUGUUUGGAAGCUGAUUAGAAAGUAGUCAGGUUGUCUAAUAAAUCUUAUUCAGUUCAUUGUGUCUUUGUAGUGUGUGAGCUGAGCGGCUAAGGUGGUUCAAACGAUGGCAGUGAGCUCUGAUUGCUGCUUUAGGGAAACAUGUUUGAUCAUUUCUUUCGAUAUGUUGAGAAGAAAUGUUUUUUUUUUUUUUUAUCAAAGAUUUAGACCAUUUACAACAUUAUUAGAGGGCACAAAAGAAGCAUUGGUGAAAAUUAAUAAAGAAACACAUGUACUGCAAAACAAAGAUUUCUUUAGGCUUUGAUCAACAAGUGUUAAAUAUUUAUUCACACUGUGUUCUCUAAUUUUUAGUUAUCACUUUUGAUAUACUGACUUAACUAUUUCACCUUUUCUGGGUGAUGAAAAAAGUCAGGAGUUCAUGUGAGAAAAUGUGGCCAGGAAGGAAACUUCCUUUAUGUGAUGGAGUCAUGUAUAGAAUUUACUGUAUGCUAUGUCAAGCUUCUGUAGAAGGGAUUCUUGUUCUGUUCUUGCAUACUGCGGCUAAAACCAGAUCCUUUUUGGAUCACUGCUUUAUUUUGAACUUUUACAUGAACUAUCCAUCUUAAUUUUGUGCUUAACAAAACCUCCAGCCACAGUUUGGACAUAAGUUUUAAUUUGGUUGAUGUCUGUAUGCAUUACUUAAAUUUAAAUUUCAGCUGUCGGUUUUGUUCUUCAUUGUCACUGAAAUCCUGCUUUCAUACAGACAUGGAGCAGAUGUUCAAAAUAAGCCUGCAGAUCUGCAGGUUUUCCUGGAAUUAGGGUGCCAGUCUGCUGGUUAAUAGCUGUUCUGCUCUUUACUCUGUUUUCGGUUGACACUUUGUAAAGAAUGUGACACUUUCUUGUCAAAGAUCACUUUGCUGGAUUUUUUUUUAACCUAAUUAUUCUGAUACAGAACAGACUGCUUUGCUCGUUUCCAGAUACAUAUAUAUAUAUAAAAGUAAAUCCCUUUUCACAAAGUGUUGGGCAUGUAAAGACUUCAUAUUGAAUUGCAUGUUUAUCCUGCCAUGCCCUUUCAAAACAGGUCUUAAGAUGUGAAGAAAAUAAAAACAAACAAUAGAAUGUGAGAUUUUUCACUUGUUGGUACAUCUCAGAGCUAAUGGUCAUUCCUCCUUGUUACACUUUGAGCGUUUUCUAAAAACGGCUUGUACCCGAACUUUCUCUGAACUUUCUGUUUUAACAUCCCAGCUGCAAUCUAGGGUUACUCUCAUUAACCGUCCGAUUGCAGUGGUGUAACACAACCAAUCACAAACAAUGCUGUGUAUGUCCAUUUGUGUUGGGAAGUGCAGGACUGCUGAGGUCAGCUUUGAACUAGAUUUUGACUGUGGAAAGGGCUACUGCUUUAGACUAGAGCAUUUUCAAUAACACAUGUGACAGCUUUAUUGUUAUGUUUGCAUGUUAAAACAAAUAUCAAACUUUUUAACAUGAAGUAACAUUUUUGGACGGUAUGUGAAAGUUUCUGUUCAUUUUUGAAUGUCUAUGUUUUGACAACUUUUCUUGGGCAUGUGCAUCUUUCAUUGUUAUUCAUCUGCUUUGGCGGAAACCAACACAUUGGAUAAUGUGUCUUUAAUAUUUUCAUAUUUACCAUUCUUAUCAGAUUUUAGAUUUUAGUCAUUACUGGAACUGAGUAUGUUUUCCUAUGCAAAAUGUACCAUUAAUAAACAAACUAUACUGAUACCUAGAA